UCGGUGUCUGUCUGGCUGUUGCUCUGGCUGGCAGUCUGCUCCCCUAGCCCUGCCUAUUCCUGCCCCAGGCUGUGUGUCUGUUACCCCUCCCCGAUGACGGUCAGCUGCCAGUCUCAGAACUUCUCGGCGGUGCCGGCCGGCAUUCCCUACGACAGCCAGAGAGUGUUCCUCCAAAACAACCGCAUCACAGAGCUGCGGGCGCAGUCCUUCGGCUUCCAGACACAGGUCCUGUGGCUCUACUCCAACAACAUCAGCUCCAUCAAACCCGAUUCCUUCAGCGACAUGCGAGAUCUGGAGGAGCUGGACCUGGGGGAUAACCCCUCCCUGCGCACCCUCCACCCUGACUCCUUCCAGGGGCUGGACAAGCUGCAGAGCCUGCACAUAUACCGCUGCCAGCUGGGGACCCUGCCCGGAAACAUCUUCAAAAAACUCUACAGCCUGCAGUUCCUUUACCUGCAGGACAACCUGCUGCAACACAUCCAGGACAAUCUCUUCUCAGACCUGGUGAAUCUCACUCACCUCUUCCUCCACGGCAACCGAAUCCGAGUCCUGUCUGAAAAUGUCUUCAGAGGGCUGGUCAACCUGGACAGGCUCCUCCUCCAUGAGAACCGAGUGCGACAGGUCAACCGCAAAGCCUUCAGGGACCUGGGUCACCUCACCACCCUGUUCCUCUUCAACAACGCCCUAACAGACCUCCCUGCUUCGGCCCUCUCCGAUCUCUCGUCCCUGCAGUUCCUCAGACUCAACGGAAACCCCUGGAGCUGCUCCUGCCAGGCCCGCCCUCUCUGGGAAUGGUUCCGUCAGGUCCGGAUCUCCAGCUCCGAGCUCCUCUGCGCCGGUCCCGAGGAGAGGAAAGGUCUAGAUUUGAGGUUCUUGAGAGAAAUCGAUUUCGCUCCCUGCCCCAUGAUGCCUUACUAUCCGAGAGCCCGCGUCACUUACACCUUCAGCACCAGAACGAGAUGGUGGUUCCCCAAAUUGGGCAAGGCAAGCGGGGGGAAUUCGGACAAAUCUAAAGGCUUGGAUGGAAAGAAAGGACAACAGCAAGACAACAGUUACAUCAGUCCAGAUAAAAGUCAAACCAAAAGUUACGAAGCUGAGUCCACAUUGACGAAAGUUAAAGAGCAAGACUACUGGGAGAAAUAUGAAAACGAAGACUCCACUAUUCGUUGUUACAAGUUGGAUUGUUUGAAAGAAGCAAAUGGGAAAUCCAGAGGCCUUCCCGUAUCGACUCGGGAGAACGAAGACUCAUCAUGCGCAUCCUCUGAAACAAACGCCGUCAGCCACCCUCCUCUUGUCACACUGCAACAGCAAAGCCAGCCGCACCUGGCUGUAGCGGUGUUUGAGGAAACGCAGUUCUGCCCACAACUCGCAGGAGACCGGUCGCCACAGGAGUUGCUGGAGCUUGUUGAGACAAUGAUUACCAAGCUGACCUAA